CUUUCUUAAUUACUUUAGCCGAACCUGUUUUAGUUAAAUGCUUAUUAGGCUAAAACCAGAUUGUAAUUGCUGUUGGUGAUUCACUGCUGUAUGUACACAUCAGACACAGCGAGGAAAUCAUCUCAUUUCUUGACCACAACAAAUACAGCCACAUACAGACAGUUUUUGUUUUGUUUGUACAAUCUGCUUCUGGUUGAACAUAAUUUGAAAACUUUGUGGAUGUUCAGCAAGACCACUUGUACUCUCUGGCAAAGAAAUGUAAGUCUUCAUUUCAGAAACAAUUUGAUUUUUCAGUUGAUUUUUGUUUUCGGCACACUGAGGCUUUUGCCCAAUGAAUUGCUUUUUUAUGAAUUGAAUGUAUGACUACAUUUAUUGAUUUAGAAAUGGUAUAAUGAAGCUGUUUCUGUUUUGCCCCUCUUUUCAUUUAAAGGACUUUCUUGCACAUCUGUCUUUGUCAGGUUUAAACUUUAAAUUACAGAGACAAUAACCAUCAUCAGUGAAAAGAAACUGAGAGACAGAAACACACCUGUAUCAAAAUAAGAUGUCUGCUUUCCUCUCAGAAUACAUCAAAUUUAUUGCACUUUACUUCAAAAGUAAGGAUGUCGUGGUCUUCAACGGCCUCGUUGGUUUAGGAACAAUGGUUGGUCAGACAGCAUACAACAUCUUAGCUUUUCAGUGUCCGUGUUUACCAAAGAAGAACUACCUGUAUGGCCUGACUGCCAUUGGUGUACCAGCCCUGGCUUUAUUUGUCAUCGGAGUGAUGCUGAAUCAAAAUACCUGGGACAUUGUGUCAGAAUGUCGGAGCAGACGAUGCAGGAAAUUAUCGCUGACUGCUGCUUUUGCUUUGCUGGGCUCCAUUGUGGGCAGAGCGAUUGUUGCCCCUGUCACCUGGACUGUAAUUUCCCUCCUGAGAGGGGAGGCGUAUGUCUGUGCUUUCAGUGAGUUCAUGAACCCCUCAUCUUUGGACAACUUCUUUUUAACUACUCCUAGUCCAGAAAUCAUGGCCCGGUUUCCAUGUAAAGAUAUACCUGCUCCAUUUACGAACCACACAGUAGAGGUUGAACGCCAGUUAAAAUACGAAUCCCAGCUGUUGGGCUGGUUGCUGGUGGGAAUCAUCUCCCUCACUGUCUUUGUGCUCCUCUGUCUGAAAAAUUGCUUCUCUCCUCUCGGCUAUCAGCAGGAGGCGUACUGGUCCAAGUACUGCUCCAGCGAGCAAGCUCUUUUCCAGCGUACAGCUGAAGUGCAUGCUAAAUACCAUGCAGCUGAAAAUGUCAAGAGUUUCUUUGGCUUUGUGGCUUUGGAAAGUCAGGAGAAGCAGCUUCUAGCAAACUGCAAGGGAAUCAGGAGUGAGAUUCCCAGGCUGGAGUGGAACCGCGUCACUGGGGUUUACAUGUACAGAGAGACUGAUGAAACUCCCAUCUACAGCCGCUUACACAAAUGGGCCAUGUACACAAGUGAACAUGACUGUUAAGUAAUUGACAAAGAAAUGGACUUUUUAUCCUUUGAGUGUGACAAAUUAGUGUCUAAUUAAUGAAUAAUACUACACACCCAAAAACUAACACCUUUGGUAUCAAGAAACACCCAAGAAAUGUGUGCCAUACU